AGUCAAUAAUGAAUGAGACAGAAGCAGUUCUUCCCCGAAGGAGGUAACAAUCAACUGGAAGAGGCCACAGAAUAAUCACACAAACAAAGCACUUCAAAGGAUGCGAUCGGGUGUGAGUGCAUAAAAGGGAUUCGAACGGAUGCUGAGUCAUUGUUUUCUCUGAAGUAUGGGUCAGCUAGUUGAGAAAUAAGCAGGAGUUUUAGAGCCAUAAAAGCUUGACAUGCUGAAAAACAUCUCAUGGGGAAAAAGAAUGGCGGCCGGGGUGGGGGAGGCAAUGUGGUUGAAGCACACAAAACCUAGAGGAAUUGUAGGUAGAACCAAAGUCACUACCAGAUUUAUCAGGCUCUGCCAAGAAUUUCGGAUUUUUAUCUCAUAGCCAGUGGAUGCAGCAGAAAGAUUUGGGGGAAAUGUGACAGGUUAGACUUGUAUUUUCAGAACUACUGGCAGUUGGGGAGUAGUGGGACAAAGGAUGUAGAGCAAGACGAUAGGAAUACCGCAAUAUCCGUGAAGGAUGAGUAAGGUCGGACAAGGAUACUGGCGGGUAGAACCCCCAAAAGUGGAGGAAUUUGGGUUGCCUUUUGGAAGUAGGAUGACUGAAAAUUCAACCAGAGAAAUGGUCACCAAGUCAAGCAUCUGUGUCAAUAAGAUCUAUUAAUGAGGUUGGUGACAGGUUGCAAGAUGUCCCCACUAUCCCUCUAACACGGGCCCCAGCCGGCAAGAAAAGGCCCAGGCCUGCGUCCUUGGCGGUCAUUUGUGGAGGCGAGGCGUGGAACCACAGGGUUUCCUGGGCAACGCCAUUGUCACGCCCAGGGCGGGGGUGGGGGUGGGUAACCAAGGACAAGGCUGGAGAGAAUCCGGAAAAGAGGGCGAGUGAAGAGGCGGGAAAAAUGGGAAACACGAGCUUCGGCCCGGCCUACGGGGGAUGAUUCCACGGUUCUCGCACAAGGCGAUAGUGGAGCGUGGGAGGAGCCGAGGAGCGUGCCUGUGAUUGGCUGCCCGGGAGCACCAGGCCGCUCAUGAUUGGGCGAGGCGACCUGGAGGCCCGAGUCUGUGGAGCGCGUAGGGUUCUGGGUAGCCAAGGCCUUGGAAGCGUCUUAACCGAAAGGGGGAGGGGGAGGCCGCCAACAAACGGCUGAGCUCACAAUCCCGGCCGCGACCAAGCCGGCCGCCCCCUCCCCCAUGGAGAGAGCCAGACGGGAGCCGCCGCCGCAGCCGCGCCAACCGCCGCGGCCCACCCCACCGCGCCCGUUGCGCCCCGCUCCGCCCGCGCAGCAGCCCGUCGAGGCCGCCACCUUCCGAGCCGCGGCCGCCGAGCGCCCGGAGUCGCCGCCGGUCCAAGCCCCGGCCGCCAUCGCCGCAGUGGCCUCAUCGUGCGGGGACGCCUCGUCAGCCGGUGCUCAGGCUGGGACGCUUCGUCUGCUGCAAGUGAAGCCGGAGCAGGUGCUGCUGCUGCCGCCGUCCGGGCCGCUGUUACCGCAGGCUCCUGACGAGGGUGCGGCUGCCGCCGCCGCUGCUGCGGCCGUCGCGUCGUCCGCGCAGGCGCGCCUGCUGCAGCUGAGACCAGAGCUGCUGCUGUUGCCGCCGCCGUCGGCGGCCGACGGAGGCCCUUGCAGGCCGGAGCUGCGCUCCAUGCAGCCCCGGACGCUGCUCGCCAAGGCCGAGAAGCAGGAGCUGGGGGCGGGCUUGGACCUGUCGGUGGGAUCUCGGAGGACCACCGAGGCCGGCCCCAGAGCCUCCAGGGCCGCCAAGUUGGAUGGCACCGGGAAGGCCCUCGACGGCCGCCGAGGGGAGGAGAAGAAAGCCAAGCUGGAGGUGGAGGAGGCCUCGAGGGAUGCGCUGAAAGGCAGCGAAGGCGGGAGCCUGCUUGUCGGAGAAGGAGCCAUCAAGACCGAGGAGCCAGACAGACUCAGGGACGAUUGCAGGCCGGGCACGGAAGCCGCGUCCAAUGGCAUGGUCCACGGCAGCAAGGAUGCUCUCCUGGCCCAGCCGCCCAGUGCUUUUGGGCCGCACCAGCAAGACCUACGGUUCCCUUUGACUCUCCACGCGGUCCCUCCUGGGGCCCGUAUCCAAUUUCAGGGGCCUCCGCCUUCUGAGCUAAUACGCUUGUCCAAGGUUCCCCUGACACCAGUGCCUAUUAAAAUGCAGUCCUUACUGGAGCCUUCUGUAAAAAUUGAAACCAAAGAUGUCCCCCUCACCGUGCUUCCCUCAGACGCAGGAAUACCUGAUACUCCCUUCAGUAAGGACAGAAAUGGCCAUGUGAAGCGACCUAUGAAUGCAUUUAUGGUUUGGGCAAGAAUCCACCGGCCAGCACUAGCCAAAGCUAACCCAGCCGCCAACAAUGCAGAAAUCAGUGUCCAGCUCGGGUUAGAGUGGAACAAACUUAGUGAAGAACAAAAGAAACCCUAUUAUGAUGAAGCACAAAAGAUUAAAGAAAAGCACAGAGAGGAAUUUCCUGGUUGGGUUUAUCAGCCUCGUCCAGGGAAGCGAAAACGCUUCCCUCUAAGUGUUUCCAAUGUAUUUUCUGGCACCACACAGAAUAUUAUCUCUACAAAUCCUACAACAAUUUAUCCUUAUCGCUCACCUACCUACUCUGUGGUAAUUCCCGGCCUUCAGAACACCAUCACUCAUCCAGUUGGUGAAGCCCCACCUGCUAUCCAGCUGCCCACACCUGCAGUCCAGCGCCCAAGCCCCAUCACACUUUUCCAGCCCAGCGUCUCCAGCACUGGCCCGGUGGCCGGUCCGCCUCCAAGUCUGACGCCCCGUCCAUCACUCCCUCCUCAGCGCUUCUCUGGGCCUCCGCAAACAGACGUUCCUAGGCUUCCUUCGGGAACCAGUCGCUCUGUGAAGAGACCCACUCCAGUGUCUCUGGAGAGCACCAGCAGGAUUCCAGCUGGUGCAAGUACUGCCCAUGCCAGAUUUGCAACCUCACCUAUCCAGCCUCCCAAGGAAUAUGCCAGCGUUUCCACGUGUCCCCGAAGCACUCCAAUUCCCCCAGCUACUCCCAUUCCACACUCACACGUCUAUCAGCCCCCACCCCUUGGUCAUCCAGCCACACUUUUUGGGACACCACCACGAUUCUCCUUUCAUCACCCUUACUUCCUACCUGGACCUCAUUACUUCCCAUCAAGCACGUGCCCUUAUAGUCGGCCACCUUUUGGCUAUGGGAAUUUUCCAAGUUCAAUGCCAGAAUGUCUUGGUUACUAUGAAGACAGGUACCAAAAGCAUGAGGCUAUAUUUUCAGCUUUGAAUAGAGACUAUCCUUUCAGAGACUACCCAGAUGAGCACACACACAGUGAAGACUCUCGGGGCUGUGAGAGCGUGGACGGGCCCCCGUACUACCACAACCACGGGCACAGUGGAGAAGAAUACUUGAACCCCAUGCCUCCACUGGACAUUGGAGCCCUGGAGAAUGUCUUCACAGCCCCAGCGUCAGCUCCCUCUGGCGUCCAGCAAGUCAACGUCACUGACAGCGACGAGGAGGAAGAAGAAAAAGUGCUCAGGAAUUUAUAAUUUAAAACAAAUAUGCACAGAAAAUAAACAUUUCUUAAAAUAUAUUCUGGGUCAGUUGGUGUGAGAAAAAAGCCUAGAAUACUUUGCUGAGAGUUCUCAGCCGUGAUCUGAGGAGUUGGAACCAAAUGCCAUUGUCUCUUCCUAAGUUCUCAUUAGUGACCCUGGACUCCCGAUGCCUCAGCAUAGGGACGGUAGAAUCUAAAGUAGUUCUUUCAUGGCUGAAAUUCGCACCCACAUGUGAUAGCAUUACUUUGUCUUGGGACAUUUGAAAUACAGAAAGCCCCGGUGCGUGUGAGGACACACGUGAGUAUAUUAUAUCUGGCGUGGCAAGUGAGAUUAGCGUUUUAUCUCAGGGCACAUUUAUUUUAUUUUUUGGAGAAAUUUUACUGUUUAUAUAUUUAUGGAUGUUGUCAGUUUUUAUGUAACAUUUUGAAAAUAUUUUGAUAACUUGUAGAUGUGAACCAGAGCUCAGUUGCUAAAUUUAAUUUACACUAAUAACCAAUUGUAGUUGAAAAUGUAUCUUAAUGACACCUGGGCAGUUCCUUCAGAUAUAGUCAUUUCUGUUACUGAACAUUUUAUCACCAUUUUAACUAUCUUUCCUAUUUGGUAUGCAUUGUUGUAUUGUUGU